UCACAAAUUCACUGCGGCAGACAUAUCGUACAAUAAAAAUGUUCCAUCUGAGCCUGGGAGGAGGCUGAAGCCUCCCCUGCUCAGGCAAAUGUUUGCAAUAAUAGAAUUCAUAAAAAGACAGAUGGGAGUAGAAAAUGUUGCAAUGAAGAAUCUGGAAUGAGAUGAGAUCACAGCAUCAGCCUGUCUUUUGUGGACCUGGACAAUGAUCACAGAGGCAGAUUGGAUUAGGGAAACCUCUUGACUGGAAGGAAGUUCAGAGCCGUCGCCAGAUAAAGGACACGCUUCAGGGAGAGACGACUGAAAGAAAAUGCAUCAGAUUUACAGCUGCAGUGAUGAAAAUUUAGAAGUUUUCACCACUGUGAUUUCAUCCAAAGUGUCCAGUCCAGCCAGAAGAAAAGUCAAAAUCUCACAACAUCUUUUGACCAAAAGCGUGGUAGCAGUGACUGAUUAUCACAUCCAUGGGCCUCUGGAGCUGCUGCCCCACAGGAAUGAUCGACUCCAGGUCCUUUGCCGAGAAGGCGAAGAAAGGAGGUUUGGCCGCCUCCAGAAUGGGCCACAAGGACAGCCCCAGGCCAAAAACACAGGCAGACAUGUGGGGAUUUCUGAACCCAAACCAUUAAUUUUGUGUGGGAAUCGAGCAUAUGGAAAAUCUCUGAUAUCUCAGACCUCACUACCAGUGCCCAGGAUUACCGUGAAACAGCCUCCUGCCAAUGAAAUUGCAGCAGCAGAAGAAAGUGAUCGCAGUCUGACAAAAGAACCUAGAAGACUGGCCAGGAAAAUACCUGAAGAUGAUCCAGCUUUUCCCCAGGGAGCAGAAGCCUCUGUACCGCUGACAGGCAGAACUGGCUGUGGCACCCCCAACAUCCUCCGGAAAAUGUGGAUGAAGCACAAGAAGAAGUCGGAAUAUUUGGGAGCCACAAACUGCGCCUUUGAGGCUGACUGAAAGGUGACCUUUCCUCCGCGUGCUGCUGAGUUCUCCAAAUUUCAGAUUGCUUUUGCAGUGGCACUGGUCCUUUCCAACUCCAAAUAAUAAGAUCCUCUAAUAACCGAAUAACACAAGGUGUUGAGUCACACCCUACUCUCCUAGUGGGUAAUAUAGAACAUACCAUUAUUCCUCCCUUUCCACAAAUCUGCCUCCCUUGAAAUGGAGGAAAAGGAUUUUCCCCUAAGACGAGAUAGAACCCAUCUCUUCUUAGAAGCAGUCACAAGCCUGAAAGGGAUCUUGAGUUGAUGUGCAUUCCAUCCACCUGUUUUCCAGCACAAUUUUGUCUGAUGCAAACUUCUCUUUCCUGUUUUUAAAGACCUUCAUAGGAGGUCUCUUCUGUAGUUUCUCAUCUAUACAGUAAGGGAUUUGGGUUAAAUCAAUAGUUCUUAGCCUAGGGUCUUUGACCUUUUUAAAACA